AUGGCUGAAGAAACUCUAAAAAAUAUAAGCCUGAGUAUUCCGUUUGAAACACCUAAAGAAGCAAUUAUUGCUUAUGAGAUAUUAAAGGUUGACAAGGAUUUAAAAGGAAGUAGAGUUAAAAGAAAUGUUACAAUAAAUAAUAAUGAGCUUGUAAUAAAUUUUGAAGGAACAGAUACAAAGAGGUUAAGAGUUGCCGUUAAUGCAACAUUCAAAAAUAUACUGUUAAUAAUUAAAACUUUAAGUGAAUUUGGUUUUGGC